CACUCGAUUCGUUCUUUAUUUCGCGGCUUCCGUUGUGAUGUGCGCGAUGAUCGCGCGACGGUCAGCGGAGGGGAAAAAGUUGGACGGGAAUGGCGACCUGUGUGCUGUACCGUUUGUAACGUUAGAACUGUGAUAAGUGCGCGUACGAAGGACGUGCGUUUACGUGGGUCAUGCGACGACUGACGCCAGGCGAAACGGUAUCGGACAUGUCAACGAUGUGACAACCGGAUUGGAAGGUACCUUACUGCCGUCGUACCGUUUCCGAUUCAGUGAUCUUUAUAGGUGAAAAUGUCGUCUGAAUACAGUCGAAGCGUUUUGAAAAUGGUCGUUGCCUCAAUAUGCCAGACAGUAGGAUGGCACUCUAUCAAUUCUACACCACUGGAGUUCAUGGUAGAUCUUAUGCAGGAGUAUCUGUUGCGUAUCUCAAAACUCACGCAUCAAUAUUCAGAAAUUUUGGGGAGAACAGAGCCAAACCUCGAUGACUUAGGAUUAGCGUUUCGAUAUAUGAAUAUUGAUAUACAGGAAUUAGUCGAAUAUGUAAAAAAUGUAGACUCCGUUCCAUGCCCCGUACAAGUGCCACAAUAUCCGGUUCGGCGUGAGAAUCAUUUAAAUUUUUUAAAACCGGGUAGCCGUGAAGUUGUUACUAGACCAGUGCAUAUACAUGAACAUCUACCAGCUAUGUAUCCAGAUACCGAAGAGGAUUAUGCAGUAGAUAAGAGCGAAAGCUUAACUAAUGGUACAACAGAUCUUACGCCCAGUAGCGGAACAUCAUCGGGCAAUUCAAACAACACCUCGCCUCACAGGUUGUCGCCGCAAGGGAUUUUUAAGCGACCCGGGGACCCGAUAUCCUUCGAGAGUCCCAUAGUGAAACGAGCGAAAGUUGUGGAGGAGGGCAGGCCAUUGCGCGAAAUAAGCAGCGUUAUGAUGACGACUUCCGGCUUUCUGUCGCCGGCGCGAGAAGGGAAACUACCUGAGGCGAGAACGCCGCAUCAAGUUCGGGCGGACUCGCCGCAACCGAGCUCGUAUCCGAUGGUACCGCCUGAAUUGAAAUGCGAGAAGAAACCAAAGAAGGUUGUGAAGAAGGGCCCUGAGGAUCGCAAACUCGACAAGGAGAACAAGAAGAAAAAAGGCGCGAAGGAGCUGUUCAAGCCGGAUAAGAUUGACGACAGUAAGAUCAAGAAGUUAGUCGGCAUGAAGGAGCUGGCUAAGCUGAAACCGUUGAAGCCAGGCGGCGGCAAGACGCAAUCUGCCGCGCUUUCGCAAGAGCUUUCGGGUGGCAGGCCGUCUACGCCGAAGAUCGCGUCGCCGAAGUCAGCCGGCAGCCCGAAGCCGUCGAAAGCCGCGCAGCCUAAAGUUAAGGCGACCGAGAAGGUGAUAGACCUAACCGACAGCUCUCCGCCGAUCGAGAAGAAAGAGGACACUGUUGACAAACUACCGUCGGAGCCGGACAAACAGAAGUUGAACAUAUUCAAGAAGAUAUCGAAACCGCGCGAGGAGAAGGACAAGGACAAGGAAACGGCGGCGGAAGUGCCGCACAAAUACAAGGAUCUCGAUUCGCGCGAGUGCUCGCCGGCGUUGGUCAUCGACGAGAACAACGAGAAGCAACAGCACGCGGCGCACCGUAAUGACGUCACGGACGUGAAACGCAUCGAGGAGAAGAAAGCGCCACACACGCCGGAUUUACACACGCAUCCAACUGACGGGGAUCUGGUAGAUGUGCAGAGUCCGUCGUCGGACGUUUACAUGUUCGACGACACCGAUAUCUCACCGCCGGGUACGCCGAGCAGCACACCGAAAACUCCCGAGCUGAAUGUGCCCACCGUCGUGGAGCAGAAACGGAAAAAGAAGGAGAAGACCGGCAAGAAGAAAGAGCCGAAGUUGAAAAGUCCAAAGCAGUGCGUCAGCCCGAAGAAGACGAAGCUUCCGAACGACGUUGUAGAGUCGGACGUUCUAGAUCGGCCGAAAACGCCGCAGGCACCGGAGCCACCGUUACACAGAGAGCCUAAUCUCCCACCCACACUUCCCUUCCCCUUCUUUCCCGCGUUUCCGCCAGCACCUGGUUUAAUACCUCCUCCGAUGUUCUCGCGGUUCCCGUUACCUCUCGGCCGUGGUGGACCCGGCCUCCAUCCGGCGAUGCCCAAUUUAGCGAUACCGCCGCGUUUUCCCAAUCCACCUAUAAAGUCUGAGGACUUCCCGCUGUCCAAAAUUAAACCUAUAGAACGUGAGAAGCCGCUAAUCCUACCGCCGCCUGUCGAAUUAGUGUCUUCGUCGAUCUUAAGCGAGAAUGAAAAGGCGGAUAAAGAGAAGGUGGAUAAUAAUAAAAUUACAAAGAUGUUUAAGCCGAAUAAAGAGUUGCCUUUCAUGAAAGUACCUGAGAGGGUCAUUGCACCGCUUCUAGCGUCUGCACCUAUCGCACCACCACUCAUGCUUUCUGCAUCAACAGUACCCGCUGCGCAAAUGUUACCAUCGAAAAAUCUCAAAGCUGAAAAAGCAGAGAAGAAUGAUACGAUAAAUUCGAAAUCUAAGGAACAUAAGAAGGAGAAGAAAGAGAAGUUAAAGAAAAAGAAAGAUAAGAAGGAAAAGCAUAAAGAUAAAGGCGAAAAAGCGAAAGAGAAGAAGGAGAAAGCUGAAAAACGUGAAAAAUUAGAAAAACUUAAAGAGAAGAAGGAGAAAAAAGAGAAGAAGAAGGAAAAGGAUGCUAACAAAAAGAACACGGUACCGACAUGGCUCAUUGUUAGUGAUAAGACGAAAUGUCAACAAUCAAUGAGUAUGUAUCUAUCAUUACAGAAGGAAGAUAAGAAUCCAGAGGCUGUACCGAAAAUUACAUUAAAAUUAGGGACUGCUUCUCCUAGACCAGCAACACCAGACAAUGCUCCUAUGAAGAAAAUAACGAUUAAACCACUUCUUCUGAAAAAGCCCGAUGAAGAAGUCAAACGGGAAUCUAGUCCAGAGUUGGCGAAAAUAUCAGCAUUGGUGACACGUCCACCAAAGCAAAAGUCAACAAGUAAGAAAACAGAGGAGGGAAUAUUAGACGGAAGCCCUGCUCUUCCUACAGACUCUUUCUCUGCCAAUCUUACUAGCGUGCCACCUGCAUCAGCUCCUCGAACAAAGAAAUCUAUCUACCAAAGUGAGCCAUUACCUUCACCUCACUUUGACCCCGUUCCUAAAAUCCUGAACCCUCUAGUGAUGCCACAACAACCACCAUAUUAUUUUGAUCGAGUAGGUCGUCAGGUGUGGAUAUGUCCAGCAUGCGGCAACCAGGAUGAUGGUUCGCCAAUGAUCGGCUGCGACGAUUGUGACGCUUGGUAUCAUUGGGUGUGCGUUGGAAUGCAGGUGCCACCAGCUGAUGACGAGGAUUGGUACUGUCGUUUCUGCAUAGCGAAAAAGCAGGAACUUCUUCACGAUAAGAAGAAGAAGAAGCGGAAGAAGAAGGUGAAAGUAACGGCCUAGUAUAAGCUAACCGGGUCUAAUUGUGCAAGACCCGGUGUAACUAUACCACCUACUACCAAAGUCAAAACGAAAGAUAACAAGAUCGGUGUUAAGAACGUGAAAACGAAGAAGAUGUCUAAAAGCGAUGUUAAAAUGCAAAUGAAGUCGUUGAAAGGAAAGCCGAUGGCGAAUAAAGCAAAGGCUACGAAGAGUAUAGUGAAAGUGAAGACUGUAAAAAAGAAAUAAAAACAAAUUUUUACAUCGUGCAAUGCAACUUAUUAGAUAGCAGAAAUCGUAUUUUGUAAACUAGAUAAGGCGAAAAUGUAAACAAUUCUCUUCUCUAUGCCACUCCGAUUCUGGGUAUAUCUUCAAUUUUCUAUUAUAUGUAUGUGUGUGUCUAAUAUAUAUAUAUUACACACACACAUACAACACACAUAUGUAUGUAUAUAUAUAUGUGUAUGUACAUAAUGCAUAAACAGACACAAUCUCGCGCGUUGAUUAUUUACACUGGUGAUUUAUUAUAUAAAUUACAUUUAUUACACGUAAAUUUGUAGUAUAUUUUCUUAGAUCUAUUCGCAAGUCUUACAUUUUCCCCUUAUUGUUAUGUAUCGACAAACUUGAUAUAGGGGAUACGUGGGAAAAUAUAAAAUUAUGUAUCUAUGUGACAUUUCAUUCGCGGAUCGUCUUUCCGCCGGCAGGUACGGAGGUUCGCGGAACGAUGUGAUGUUGAUUUGAAAUCUGGCGCAAAAAAUAAUGAUUGUUGUAUGCAAAAAUCGAAAUAAAGAACAUGCAGAAAUAGCACAGCACGCAGAACA